UCAGUUCUGCCCGUCACUAACAGUAGGAACACGUGUUUUAUUGCAAAUAUUCGUGUUUGCAACAACGAAGAAGCUUAAAACGUUGUGAUAAUCGACGGUGCUUUGGUAUAAACUGUAACAAAAAGCAACGAAACAGCGAUGGAAUCUUGCUAUCAGGAAUCUGACAACGAACCAGGACACGAAUACUUCAGUUUCAGGCAAUUCAAGAAACGUCUAUUCAACGAGUACGAAUGGCGCAAUCAGGCACCGAGCGAUUCGUCUUAUAUGAGCGAUGCUAAUGAAACAUCGCGUGAAAGCGUUUGCAGCUAUCGUGGAGAGGUGAAAAAGCCACAAAACUUCACGAAAAUAUCGCACGGAAUACAACGCAAAAGCCUACAAAUGCAGCGCAACGCACGUCGCGUCCGGCAGUUCCGCAAGUGGUUGAUGCCGAAAACGGCUUUGGCAACACUACAAGAACUGAUGGCCCCUUCACAGACGGAGGUGACCAUUUACCCAUCCUGCCAAGGGAUAAAAGCUGAAGUGAUGGUAAACAACGUAACGUAUGAGGCCAUCGAUAGCGAUAAGAACUCGGCGAAGGACAAAGCUUCGGAGCAGGCAUUGCGCGAUCUGGUAUUCUCCAAUGGCGACAUCCCACCGGAGGAUCUACCGAAGGAAUAUUUGGCACCGUUUGCUAUGCAUAAGCUUUUGACCGAAUGGAAAUCGGCAGGAUUCAAGGCAAGUGGAGCAAAAAUGUCGACGGUGAAGCCAUCAUUUCCGGAAGAAUCGACUGAGCCACAGACGACCGGAAAGAGAGUGCAGAUUGCAGAGGUAUUGCUCCCGAAUGUACCGGACUAUAUUGAGCAAUGGACAGGUAGAUUGCCGUUUGUAAAGCCAUCACUCCGUGGGGAAGUACCGACAUCGGCCGAGCAGUGGGCAAGUGGAGUGGCAAUGCCGCUUGAAGCUCCACCACCCCCGGUAAUAUCGGCAUCGGGUAAUCAAAAUGGGAUGCCGAAGGUAAUCAGAACAGUACUGCCACCCUGCUCAUCAACGUACCAUCCUGGCGUAUUGUUUGCCUAUAUGCGGCCGCAAGUUUCGUACCAAGAAUAUAGAUUAAGUCGCGAACAUGGCAAGCAAGAGUUUAUAGCAGCGAUACUGACGGACGAUUGUUGUUUCUACGGUAGCGGCAAUUCGAAGAAGCGAGCCCGAAAGGCAGCUGCUACAAAAGCGUGCCAGGAACUGUUUGGGGUAAAAUUUGAUGAGAGUAUGCUGUGAACGGUUACAGCGGGGAAAAUCUAACGACGACUUUUUACGGUUCAUACUUUUAAGCGUUAUCAGUUGAAAGCAUUACGAAUGCUAUUUUUCAUUUGUUUUUUUUUCUAACGAUCUAUUGGCUAAAAGUAACAAUUGGUUGUUUUAAGGGUCAUUCAUUAAUCAUUCGUAUACCCAUAACGAUUAUUUGAAGGGACAAGAUAGUUCGGUAAUAUUCCACAGUAUACUUAGUACGCUCUUGCAGAACAAUCUCAACAAUAGCAAGCUAAUAAUGAAAUAUCAAUUUCAACGACUCUUGCAGUUAAUAAUGGAAGUUACACAAAAACCAUGUAGUGCUUUAUAAUGCAAAAAGCAACUUCAUUCUUUAAUUGAAUUCAUGUUAUUAACUUCAAGUAAGACAAAUCAAAAACCCAACUUAAGACAUUGAAUAACCCCACACUAAUUGAAACAUUAUUUGAAUAUGUCUAGUUUUGAAA